GGACAUACCCAAGGCAAGCAGAGCCGGGAAACCAGCUUUUGGAAAUUAAGAACACAGAGCGAAACUGAUUUUCACAUUGACAGGUCUCUUGCAUCGAGAACUGUUUGCUUAUUGUCUCUUAGAAGUCGGCUGGACGGGAUGUCUCGGAGUGGAUUUCUGACCCUUACCUUGUCCCUGUGGCUGUGCCGUGUGUCCCGGGACAGUCUGCGGGUCUCGGCCCUUAAGGAGGGCAACAACUCGAGGGGAUGGAGUGAAACUAUCCUGAAUGCAGGGGAUCAUGAACCUCCUCCUCCAGUGAAUCUCUCUUUGAUAUCUCACAACUUUAAGACCAUAUUAACAUGGGCUUAUGUAAAUGAGGCACCUGAAGAAACAAACUUUACUGUCGAGUUCAUGGACUACCUCACUGCACAAUGGCAGCUGUUCCCAUCCUGCUCAAACAUUGCUUUGCAUCAUUGUGAUGUCACUAAAGCCUUUAGUCUGAACCUUACUCCAACAAAUUCCUAUUAUACCAAAAUCAAAGCAAUUACACAAUUUCAAGAUUCGCAAUUUGCUUUCACAAAGAGAUUCAACUUUAAACAGAAUGCCACAAUAGGUGCUCCCAUGGUAGAAGUUAAGGUUCACGGACAACAAAUAUCUUUGAGAUGUAUAUACCCUGUUGUUCCAAAUCUGACUAUGCAGGAUGGCCAAAAAAUAGACCACGACUUUAAAUGUAAUAUUUGUGUUUGGCAGAAAGGACACAAUGAGUUGCCAAAGAAAAAUUGUCGAUAUAGGAAAUCAAAAUUGAAGCUUAAUAUAAAACAGCCAAGAGUUACUUUAUGUGUGUCUGCUCGAGUGAUUACAGAAGAAUGGAAAAUUAAAGCAGACUGGUCAACACCGAAAUGCUUCCAAGUUCAGUCCUUAAAUUUGCAAGAAACGCUAGUUAUACUUCUAGCUGUGAUAGCAUUUUUCUUGGGGCUUGUAGCUGCCAGCAUCAUCUGGAAACUUCUAAAGAAGGAAUUAGUCUUGCCAACAUCCUUGAUGCUUAUUGUUAAGGCCAUCAAACCAUAUGUGGACAUGAAGACCGAGGACGAUGCUGUGUCUGUUGUGAUUAAAUAUGAGGAAGUGAUUCCUGUUGAAUGUGAUCAUUUUUUUGAGGAAGUGGCAAAGCCCAUGACAAAUCCAGAGAUCACUGAACCACUCACUGUUGAUUUGAAAUAUGCUGGGAAGGACUGGGCAUAUGAUCGACCUCAAACUCUGUUGGAUGUCAACUAACUCUUUAGUUCCCAAGGAUGCCACAUGCUGUCAUUGCAGCCCCUUGUCCUAAAAAAACUGAAAAGAAGCUAUACAUCACUAUCGUAUUAACAUAGAGUUGAUAUGGGCUGAAAAUAAAAUUACAUUGUGUGUAAUGUGCAAUGAAUUAUUUAGAGAACUUCGCAAAUGAUUUCUUUUGAACUACAGAACUGCAUGAAGUUUAACAUUUGAUUAAUUUAUAUUUCAGAACCUGGUUGUAGCAAGAAUUCUCCCAGCAUUUAGGAAAGAUUUAUAUGUUCUCUGUUUGGUGUGUUUUCCGUACAUGUAGAUUUUUCGCCUGAAUACAAUUGUGAAAGAAAUAAAGGACAAACAUUUAUGUGGUGUCUUUCAUACCCCCAAA